AUGAAACUAGUUACAAUUUUGUUACUUCUCAUCGUGGUCCUGUAUGUGGUCAAUUCCAUAAACGCCCAAAGAAUUAGACCUGACGAACCACAAGAAGAACAACUAGGAGGACUUCUAGAAGAACAACAAGGCGCUCUACAAGGCGUCCAACUAGAAGAACAACUAGGAGGACUACUAGAAGAACAACUAGGAGGACUAUUAGAAGAACAUCAAGGCGUCCUACUAGAAGAACAACAAGGCGCUCUACAAGGCGUCCAACUAGAAGAACAACUAGGAGGACUACUAGAAGAAUCACUAGGCGACCAACUAGACGAACCACAGGGCGCCCUACAAGGCGACCGACUAGAAGAACAACUAGGAGGCCUAGUAGACAAACUACACGGCGACCGACUAGACGAACCACAAGGCAUCCCACUAGAAGAACAACUAGGAGGACUUCUAGAAGAACAUCAAGGCGCCCUACUAGAAGAACAACAAGGCGCUCUACAAGGCGUCCAACUAGAAGAACAACUAGAAGAAUCACAAGGCGACCAACUAGACGAAGCACAGGGCGCCCUACAAGGCGACCGACUAGAAGAACAACUAGGAGGCCUAGUAGACAAACUACACGGCGACCGACUAGACGAACCACAAGGCGUUCCACUAGAAGAACAACUAGGAGGACUUCUAGAAGAACAACAAGGCGCUCUACAAGGCGUCCAACUAGAAGAACAACUAGGAGGACUACUAGAAGAAUCACAAGGCGACCAACUAGACGAAGCACAGGGCGCCCUACAAGGCGACCGACUAGAAGAACAACUAGGAGGCCUAGUAGACAAACUACACGGCGACCGACUAGACGAACCACAAGGCGUUCCACUAGAAGAACAACUAGGAGGACUUCUAGAAGAACAACAAGGCGCUCUACAAGGCGUCCAACUAGAAGAACAACUAGGAGGACUACUAGAAGAAUCACAAGGCGACCAACUAGACGAAGCACAGGGCGCCCUACAAGGCGACCGACUAGAAGAACAACUAGGAGGCCUAGUAGACAAACUACACGGCGACCGACUAGACGAACCACAAGGCGUUCCACUAGAAGAACAACUAGGAGGACUUCUAGAAGAACAACAAGGCGCUCUACAAGGCGUCCAACUAGAAGAACAACUAGGAGGACUACUAGAAGAAUCACAAGGCGACCAACUAGACGAAGCACAGGGCGCCCUACAAGGCGACCGACUAGAAGGAGGCCUAGUAGACAAACUACACGGCGACCGACUAGACGAACCACAAGGCGUCCCACUAGAAGAACAACUAGGAGGACCAUAA